AUGGACUGUCCAGCUGGUGAUCCUGAGGAGAUGAAGUCGGAAAAUGACUGGCUUCUGGCCGCCUUGGACCGCAAGUUCGCAGAGCAGGAAAAGGCACUGCACCGCUUGCUGGAUCAGGUCUUUCGCAGGGACUUGAACUGGGGUUCUGAGCGCAACAGCGAGGUGCUGCUGGAGAGGGAGCCAAUGUGGGAGGUCCAGAUGGAGGUCAAAGACUUGGUUGCUGUCCUUCCUUCACCAUAUGUGGAAGCCAAAGUUUCUACGAAGGAGGAUGUGCAGCCGAAGAGCAGCAUGAAGGCUACCCGGCGCCACAAAAGUCUCAUGGGGACGCAGGUGAUGAGGGAGAAGUGGGAACCGGACCCGCCUCUUCAGCGCUUUGUGAAAGGGCCGUUAGACGGCUACAUGGGUAUGGUGGUGGUUGUGAACCUGAUAUUUAUGAUCAUCAUGACCCAGUGGACAGGAUCUCAGGCUGACGUCUUGCUAGGUAUUUCUACGUCGAGCAGUUUGAAUCUGACGGAGCACUUUUUCGAGAUCUCGGAGUAUGUUUUUUUCGUCCUGUUCGUCCUGGAUGUGAUGAUUCGAGUCUGGGUGCUGCGUCGCGAAUGGAUUUUUGACCAUCGCGAAGGCUUCAUGUACCUCAACGUUUUCGACGCCUGCGUGGUUUUUGUGAAUGCAUUUGAGCUGCUGGUUCUGCCUCUGUUGUUUCUGGGAAAUGACCAGGAGCAGCAUGCUAACAGCAUCCGCGUCAUCAAGCUGCUGCGCAUUGUCCGCACGCUGCGUAUUGUCAAAACGGUGACGAUUUUCCGGCAGUUGAGGCUUCUAGUCGGUACUUGUAUAGCAAGCAUCGGAGCUCUCUUCUGGUCGAUGGUGCUGCUCAUGGUUUUGAAAGUCGGCUUCGCACUGAUCAUCUGCCAAGCUUUGCAGGGGUACGUUUUGGAUGACCAGCAAGAUCUGGAUACGCGGCUGUUAGUCAACAAGUUGUACGGAGACUUUGGCAAAGCUUUCUACACAAUGUUCGAGGUAACUCACUCUGGUAGCUGGCCGGGAGUUGUCCGGCCUGUUGUGGACAACGUGGAUGCAUUGUAUGCCAUACCAUUCUUAACAUACAUUACUUUGGUGGUUUUUGCCGUGAUAAGGAUCGUCACAGCCCUAUUCCUCAAAGAGACUUUGGCCAGCGCCGCCAAUGAUGCCGACAUGGUCAUGGAAGACAACCGUCGAAUGGCCCGCGAUGCCCAAAACAAGCUAGAAGAGCUUUUCCGGGCAGCAGACGAUGAUGGGGAUGGCCAUCUGACUAAAGAUGAGUUUGCUGCAGCUAUGAGUCUGCCCAGUGUGCAAGGCUUCUUGACGUCUCUGGAUGUUAGUGUUCGGGACUGCCACCCACUUUUUGAUAUCCUGGAUGAUGGGGACGGACUUAUCACGACCGCAGAGUUCUGCAAGGGCCUGAUGCAGCUGAAGGGGCAAGCCCGGGCUUUGGAUAUCUUCGUCUUGCAACGUGAGAAUGCUAAGCUCAUGAAGGAAUGCCAGGACAUCCAACGUUCUGUUCUGGACAUCUCUGAGUCCUUCAGGGGUGCUGUAAAAUAA